CCAAGAGUUGCGAUCCGUCGCGCCAGCCGCAUUGACGAGGAGAGAUCAAUGUGAUCGCUCGACCCCGCGAUGCCUCCAUUCAAAGAUGAGCAUGUGCUCAUAAUUGCGCCCGGGUCGCAAAUCACCGCCGCGCAACUUGGGCUGCCCGAGUCCUUCACGCCCCCGAGAUAUCGCUUCCCCACGCGCAUGUUCCCGGGCGCGAAGCCUGGUGAAUGGGAACCCGUAAAGAUCAGGACGAAGAUCAUAACGAAGCCGAAAGUCGUCGAACCGGACCCCGUGCCCGCAUCUGCGACCCCUAAGCCAGAACCUAUUGACCUCGAUGCCAAACCGGAUGUUUCUAUCACGAAUGGCGAGGAGCAGAAGACUGAACCAGCAAAUGGCGAUCAAGUAAACGGUGAAGGGGCCAAGACUGAGCAAACAAAUGGUGAAUCACCUGUAAAAGAGCAACAGGAGCAGCCGAAUGGAGAAGCAAAGCUCAAGCUGGAAGAGGCCGCCGAAGAGCAACCCAAAGUCGAAGAGCCGAAAGAUCAGCCUGCUCCGUCGACAGAUGUUGAGAUGAAAGAGGCUCCUGCGGGCGAAGAAACCUCGAAGCCCGAGACCGAGGAUACUGAAAUGGUCCCGCCGCCCGAGCAAGAAGCACAACCCGACCCUCAACAAGAAGGAGAAGCCGCGGCCGAUGUCGAAGAGGAAACCAUCGAAACCUUCGAGGACGACCAUUGGUCCACCGAGGGCGCCGUCUACCCGAUCAGAGAAGGGCGCAUCGAGAACUGGUCAUGUUUUUUCGCCCUCCUUUCGCACAUCUACAAUAUGAUGUCUCCCCCCUUCCAUAUGCCGGUCCUCUUUGUAGCACAACCAUGUUGGAGCGCCAAAGAUCAUGAAAUGAUUACUCAAUUUGUCUUUGAAAACUGGAAGAUCCCAGCCUUUUGUCUCAUGGAUGCCGCGCUAACGGCCUGCUAUGCAUAUGGUGUGCCGACGGCGUUGGUGUUGGAUGUCGGACAUGAGAAAUGUGAUGUCAGUGCGGUCACGGAGUUUCAGGUUAACGAUAUCGGGAGGGGCAUCGCGCUUUCCGGUUGUGGUGGACGCGCCAUGACGCUCCGGCUGCAGCAGGUGUUGGAGAACCAGGGGUUCGACGAAGAUAUGGCAGAGCAACUGAAAAAGAGCCCGAUCUGCGAGAUUUUGCCCGUUGGCACUCCGUAUCCCAAGUCCACCUCUAUCAGCACAGCUGUCCCUGCUGCCAAUCCGGCUGCCGCGGCAUCUACAGGAGCUUUGGAUUCUGGAAUGAAUGCGAAGGAUGGCGAGGGACUGAGACCCGGUCAGGCGCCUCGCGGCCCGGGCACGGGAACCGUGGUAGGUGAAGAAGGUCCCAACGGCGACGACGAGGACAACGAAGGUGUUCUUGACGUCGCAGCUAUCGUUGCGCGCGACAAUGCCGCCGAGGUGCUGGCGAAGCGAGAACGGGAAAAGGCCGAGAAGGCCGCUGCGAAGAAAGGUGGCGCCGCCGAGGCUGCCAGGCAAAUCCGACUGCGAAACUCAGAACGAGAACGAGCUACUUUUAUAUAUGUGGACUUCAUCCCCGUGGAGGAGUCGACGGAUGGCGAUCAACCCUUGAGUCGAAAACGAAAGCGAGAGAUUGAAGUUGGGGUGGAACGAUUCAUGGCAGCGACUCCCCCGCCAGGAGCAUGCGAGGGCAUCGUCGACACAAUCGCGGAGGCGAUCCAUCAUACCGUUAUGAGCGUUCCCGACAUUCCCCAGCGGGCAACUCUCUGGGACAAUCUAAUCAUACUGGGUAAUGGAAGCCGGAUCAGAGGCUUCACGGCUAACCUUCUUUCCGUGCUCAAUUCACGAUAUAUCCUGUCUCCGUCAACCGCCACGAUAUUCACCUCCGAGCUUCCCUCGAAUUUCACAACCCCAGUCGCCACGCCCGGAACGAACACGCCCAUUCCUGGCCAGGGAAACCACCCUUUCCACCAUCCCGGAGGUCACGGCGUCAAUCCUUUGCUCGUUGCCGCGACCAAAAACAUGAUGCAGCCUAAUACGCAAUCGCACCACCUCCAAGUCCCCGGAAUGAACCCUUCUCUUGGCGGGACGCCAACGGCAAUGGGCAUGUCUGAUCCCAACAACCCCAUGUCGACGCUAUCUCACCACCACCGAGGAUUCUCCCAAGCGCCAAUCUCCAUCAAACUCGUCAAACCUCCCGAAUAUUUCCCCGAGUGGAAGAACCCGGCCAUGUCUGGCAUGGAAGAAGCUGGGUUCCUGGGAGCUCAAGUGGCUGCCAAGGUGGUCUUUAUUGUGGACCAGGGCAACAGCAAGGGCUUCUUGAGCCGGAGCGAGUAUAACGAGCUUGGGCCCGGUGGGAUCCACGAGUGCGCCAUGUAGCAUUAUUCCGCGACAGGUUUAGAAUACUGGGUUUUGCAUUUGGGCCGUAUGGAGGAUGGGUUGGCUUUGGCCAGGGGCUUACAACGAUUAAAAGGGGGGUGGAUGGUUCAUGGCGUUGAGAAUCAUACAUGGCGGACUGCCAUCAUGGUGGUAUUUUGGAGAUAGACCAGACGGUCCAAGCGAGGCUGGCCUUCUCAGUAAGAGACGUGGACGCUGAACAGUGCGCCGCUUCGUAUACCAAGGCUGGCAAAUACCUUGUCAUCUACAUGUAUUCCAGCGGUUUCCCCCUGACUCAAGUAGCCCUACUUUUUAGAAUCGCUGUGCUCCCUCACUUGACAAAUAGUACUAUUCGACAGGGACAAAGUCUUGUUCAUUCGAAAAAGCAUAAGAACA